AUGGUGGAAGAGCAGGCAGAGCCUCAACCACUGCAGCAACCGGCUGUACAGAUCAUGCAAUCUGUAACAAUAACUCCAAUGCCAGAAUUUUGCCCAGAUGCAAAAAUCGGAACAAGCCUUUCGACAAGAUGGAACAAUUGGCAGUCAGACUUCGAAAUGUAUAUAACCGCAAGUGGAAUAACGGAUCCAAAGCGAAAACGCGCACUCUUGCUAUAUCAAGCCGGACCAAGAGUUCGCGAGAUUUUUAAACAAAUCCCCGAGACAGGAACUGAUACGGACUACGACAUCGCGAAACAGAAAUUAAAGGCUUACUUCGACCCUCAAAAGAAUCGGCGGUACGAAGUUUAUCGUUUUAGACAAACAACUCAAGAACACAAUGAGACAUUAGAUCAAUUUCACACCAAACUUAGAACAAUAUCAGAAACCUGUGAAUUCGCAGACGUUGAAUUUGAAAUCGAAGAACAAAUCAUUAUAGGCGGAAAUUCAUCAAAAAUACGAAAGCGAGCACUGCGUGAUCCUACAUUUGACUUAAAAUCAAUGCUUUUAGAAGGACGUCGUGACGAACAGAGCAAGUAUCAAGCUGAACAAAUUGAAUCUAAAGAACAAACUGACGGUGAGGCUAAUAAAUUAGAACAAAAACCUAAUAACGGUAAUAUUUCGAACAGUAGUAAUGUUAUUUGCAGAAAUUGUGGGCGUGCUUAUCCACACACAGGGGCAUGUCCAGCGAAAGGAAAAACCUGUAAUAAUUGUGGAAAACCGAAUCAUUUCGCUGCUGUUUGUCGAGGAAAACAAAAACAAACGCGAUCACCGAGAUACUCAAACAAAAAGCAUGCACAAAGAAAUUUAAAAACAUUAGAUACAGGAUCAAACUCGAGUUCCGAUGAAGACUAUUUAUAUACCAUGACAAAUACAAAGCACAAUAACAAGGUCAAUGUUAAAGUAGGCGGUGCCAAAUUUCAAACAACAAUCGACAGUGGCGCGACAAUAAAUGUGAUCGAUCGUGACACUUUUAACAAAAUGCAAGACAUAAAAUUAACUCGCACGAACACGAAAGCUUUCGCGUAUAAUACGAAAUCACCAGUUGAAUUUUUGGGAAAAUUCGAAGCGGUAAUCGAAACACGAAAACGAAUAUCUGUAGCCACAUUCUAUGUCGCUAAAGCUGCGAACUGUGGAAACUUACUUUCUCUUUCUACUGCACAAGAACUCGGACUUAUUAGUUUGCAUCUAGACAAACUGACAUCAAAGGAUGCCGCACUAGAAAACAUCCUUCAAAAGCAUUCUAAAGUUUUUUCCGAUCUUGGAAAAUUGAAGGGAGAAAAAAUUAAACUAGAUAUAGACAAAACUAAAAUUCCGAAAGCACAACCCCAAAGGCGCAUACCUUAUCACAUUCGAGAAAAAGUGAAAAACGCGAUAACUGAAUUAGAAAAUCAAGAUGUGAUUGAAAAAGUGCCCGAAAAUGAAGCUACUCCGUGGGUUUCACCAAUUGUAGCUGUUCCCAAAAAAGAUGGACAGGUUCGCAUAUGUGUCGAUAUGCGGCUCGCAAAUGAAGCUAUAAGACGAGUACGCCAUCCUAUACCAACAGUAAAUGAUGUUAGUUUUGCCCUGAAUGGAGCAAAAUUUUUCUCGAAACUUGAUUUGAGCCAAGCGUAUCAUCAGUUAGAACUGGACGAACAGUCUCGUUAUAUAACAACCUUUAGCACUCAUGUAGGUUUGUAUCGCUACAAAAGACUAAACUAUGGUACAAACGCUGCAGCGGAGAUAUUUCAGUACACACUCCAAACCGCACUGCAAGGGCUUAAAGGCGUCAAGAACAUAGCUGAUGAUAUCAUUGUAUUCGGCUCAACAAGAACUGAACAUGACGCUAAUCUUGACAAAUGUCUACAACGACUUGCAAUGAAGGGCUUACGACUAAACCGAAGCAAGUGUAAUUUCCUUAGCACUACAUUGUCAUUUUUCGGACAGGUCUUUUCGAAAGAAGGUACUCAUCCUGAUCCUAGGAGAGUAGCUGAUCUAUUAAAUGCACCUCAGCCAAAUAAUGCACAUGAAGUCAGGAGCUUUCUUGGCAUGGCCAACUAUAGUAGUAAGUACAUUCGAGAUUUUGCAACACUAACUGCUCCCCUUCGUGACCUGACGAAAAAGGAUGUUCGUUUUGAGUGGACUCAAACACACCAAACUGCUUUUGAAAAGCUGAAAAACACGCUUGCAAUUGCUCCAUGUAUGUCAUAUUUCGACAAAAACAAACAAACUUUUGUGACAGUUGAUGCUAGUCCUGUAGGAAUUUCUGGAAUUCUUUCUCAGAAACCAAGAAACGGUGACGUAGACAGUCAACAGAUAAUUGCAUAUGCCAGCCGAGCGCUGACUGAUACAGAAAAGAGAUACUCCCAGACGGAAAAGGAAGCGUUAGCGAUAGUAUGGGCAGUUGAACAUUUCCAUUUAUUUUUAUUUGGAAGUGAAUUUACACUAAUAACUGACCAUAAACCUUUAGAAAUUAUUUAUGGCCAACGUACAGCCAAAACAUCUGCACGAAUUGAAAGAUGGGUGCUUCGCCUCCAACCAUAUACAUUUAAGAUAAUCUAUAAAUCAGGUGCCAGCAACCCUGCGGACUAUCUUUCUCGUCAUCCAACAAACGAAAGCAAACGAAAACAGGAGAAGAUGACGGAACAAUAUAUUAAUUUUAUAACUGAGAACAGUGUCCCUAAGGCGAUGACAUUACAAGAAAUAAUCAAUGCAACUAACGCAGACGCGGCACUAACGGCACUCCAUGAUGCAAUUAAAACAAACAAAUGGGAUUCCCCAAUUGUAAAACCGUUCAAAGCCGUAAAAAACGAACUUACGUCUACCACACACGGUGUUAUACUUCGAGGAACACGGAUUGUCAUUCCUGCGGCUCUACAACAACGUGCAAUAGAUAUAGCACAUGAGACACACUUAGGAAUAGAGAAAACAAAGUCUCUAAUUCGUGAAAAAAUCUGGUUUCCGCAAAUUGACAACCAAGUCAAAAACACAAUUGCUAAGUGCACCACUUGUCAAGCUGUCGGACAGGCGAAUCCUCCAGAACCAUUACGUAUGACCGAAAUGCCAGAGUUACCAUGGAGAACUGUCCACAUAGAUUUUUAUGGUCCACUACCAUCGUCUGAAUAUCUGUUAGUGGCGGUAGAUAGAUACUCCAGAUUCCCAGAGGUUGAGAUAGUUCAUUCAACACGAGCCUCAACAGUCAUUCCAAAACUUGACAAAAUGUUCUCAGUCCAUGGCAUUCCUGACACCAUUAUAUCUGACAAUGGUCCCCCUUUUAAUGGAGACGACUAUGCACGAUAUCUGAAAGCCCUUGGUAUUCAAGCUAAGUUUUCAACACCCUAUUGGCCCCAAGGUAAUGCUACAGUUGAACGAUUUAUGCGACCGUUAGGAAAAGCGCUUAAGACAGCGACACUCGAAGGACGACCAUGGAAACAAGAAUUGAACCGUUUUCUUUUACAAUAUCGUACCACUCCACAUUGCACUACAGGAGUACCUCCAUCAGAACUGUUGUUUAACCGAGUGAUAAAAGGAAAAUUACCAGUUAUAAACAGCAAGAAAAUUGUCAAUCGACAUAAAGAAGCUCGAGACAAUGAGAAAACACGACAAGAACGCAACCGAGAAUAUGCAAAUCAAAGGAGAAACACAAGAAAAAGUGAUCUACAAGUUGGAGAUUAUGUACUGGUUAGACAAGAAAAGAAAAACAAGCUAACUUCGAAUUUUAAUCACAAACCGUAUAAAGUGAUAAAGAAAACUGGUUCAGAGAUGCUUGCCCAAAGUAAAGAUGGUCAUAUUGUGAAACGGAACGUGUCACAUUUCAAGCGAAUAAAUAAACCACGAGAAGAAGACACUGAUGAUGAAGGUUUCGAUUAUGAAGAAAACUCGCAGAACAAUCAGCCAUCCAUCAGUAAUGAAAACAAUGCACCAAGAAGAUCAAGCCGAAUUCGAAGACCACCGAAUCGAUACGGACAUGAAUAUCCAUCAAAUCUAAUAAACUAACAUAACAAUGAAAUAGCUAAAUAACUUCAAAUUUAAUUCAACAUUUUGAUAUUUGACAAUCAAGUUAAAACAAAGGGAAUGGUAUAGUAAUGUACGUCUAUUAAUCAUUAACGCACGUAUUACGAUUAGUUUAUAUUUAGAAUAUGGACAUUAUAUAUUCAGUUGUUUACAUGUAGCCGAGAUGUCAAGAAGUCUAUUAAAUAAGAGAAUAUUAUACGAAGUAACACACAAAUUCCUCCGACGAAUUUCCCAAUAUGCGGCUCACCGACGCCAAACGAAGAUAAGCCAUCUUAACCAUUAAUCUAGCGUUAGG